CCCGGCCAUUUCCCAUAACGGAAGAACCAUGAAGAAACUGGCAAAAAAUGAAUCUAAUUCGUCGCUCAACAAAUUGCGCUAAGAUCGCAAUAAGUACUCCGUAAGUUGCUCCCAAUUCUCAUCAUUGAUCUAAUCUUUUGUGUCACUUGUGAUACUUGCCAUAUUUGCAACACUUGCGCAGAGACACCACCAUGAGAUACAUACGGAUGCCGAUUGAAGUCGAGUCGCCUGAAGAAGGGGGUGGCUGUCAAAACAUUCGCGCAAACCUCGUCGAAAGCUCAAUUGCCGACAAGAGCCUCAGUCAACUGAAUCUUUCCAUUCCCGACCUCAAACUCCAGUACACUGGUCACCGUGGCAGUGAGCGUCUUCGGCAGUUGGUUGUCAGUGAGGCGCCAUCGUUGAAUCCAGAGAAUGUUCUCAUCACAACAGGCACGGCUGGUGCUUUGUUCAUUGUCGCAACUUCCCUCCUUGCAACUAAGGAUCACAUUUUGAUCGUUCAACCCAACUACGCUAUCAACUUGGCGACUCCACGAGCAAUCGAAUGCGAGAUAGGUUACUUCGACUUGACAUUCGACAACGGCUUCCGGAUUAAUCUCGCCGCUCUGGAAGCUGCCAUCAAGCCUAAUACCCGCCUCAUCAGCCUGACGAACCCUCAUAACCCCAGUGGUCAGAUGAUGACUCGCGAUGAGCUGGAGAGCGUGGCAAAGCUCGCGUUGAACAAGGGUUGCUAUCUACUUGUCGACGAAAUCUACAAGGACAUCACCUUCGGGGAGGCUCUACCAAUCGCUGCUACAUUUGGCGACCAUGUCAUCAGCGUGGGAUCGGUAUCCAAGUGCUUCGGCAUUCCCGGAACAAGAAUCGGCUGGUUAAUCAAUACCAGCGAGCGGCUGAUGGAAACAUUCUUGGCAGCGAAGGAGCAGAUUAACAUUUGUGGAAGUGUCAUGGACGAGUGGAUUGCUGAGAAUGUUCUCUCCCAGCGUCAGAAGCUGUUAACCGCGACUUCUAUUGACAUCAAGGCGCGCUUGGAUUUUGUGGCAUCGUGGGUCGCAAAAGAAGAACGUCUCGAUUGGAUCCAGCCACAGGCCGGCAUGGUUUGCCUUCUUCGCAUGAAUCAGAUCCCUACUGGUGGGCCGACUGCCUUCUACCAUAGACUGGCAGAGAAGUAUGGAGUUUGGGUUGCGCCAGGGCGCUGGUUUGAAAUGGAUGACAUUUACUUCCGUAUCGGAUACGGAUGGCCCGAUCUGAAGGACUUAGAAUACGGCUUAGAGAAGAUUUCAGCUGCUCUUCAUGAAUAGCCUCUCUUUCUAGCGAGUCCAGCGUUCACUAAUCGAG